GUUCACUGGCUGCGGAAUAUGUGGAAGUGACAGCAUCUUCCUGCACCUCACCCCCCCUUCCGUGACAUUUGCAUCUGCACCUGAAUAUCCAGAGCCCUUCUAGGCCUACAGCAGUGAAGAUGAUAGAGAUCACAGAAAUCCAGAGGAUUGGUGUGGGACUUGUGGGCUUUGGGGUGUUUUUCCUCCUUUUCGGUAUGAUAUUGUACAUGGAUUCGGUGCUUCUGGCCUUCGGAAAUAUCCUGUUCCUGUCUGGCCUGGCCAUUAUCAUUGGACUAAGAAGAACCUUUGGUUUCUUCUUCCAGAGGCAGAAGCUUAAGGGAACCAGUUUCUUUUUGGGGGGCAUAAUUAUCGUCCUGCUUCGGUGGCCUGUCCUAGGCAUGCUUCUGGAGACCUAUGGCUUCAUUAACCUCUUCAGGAGUUUUUUCCCAAUUGCCUUUGGGUUUCUGGGAUCAUUGGUGAACAUCCCAUUUUUGAGCAAGCUGUUCCAGAAACUUGGAGACACCACCUCUAUGGUAUAGCCUGGAGAAGUGGCUUCCUACCACAGGCAACUUCCCCUCCUGCAAGCAAAUAGACCUGUUUUAUAGACUACUGUGUUGUUUUCACAGUGAUGUGCCAUUGAGACCUCCUGCCCAGUUCAUACCUUUGAAGGCCUCUGUGUGAUCACCUGCAGGAGUGUGCAAGGUUAUUAGCAGGUUCAUAUCCCAGCAGGAAUUGCCUGGAGGUGCUGUUUGCAAGAGCAAUCACAACUGAACUGCUGGUUCAUAGAGAUGAUCAUGCUGGAGCUAGACAAUGGCUAUGGACAAUGGCUGAGUGAGCAUCAGUACCUGGGCACAUCCGUGUUCACAAGAUUUCUUAGCAACAAACAAACAUUUAGGACUUGUCAAUUUGCUCCAAGGAAGACACAUCCCUUGGGGUCUUCACCUUCCAAACAGCUGCAGUAGAGUGAGUAAGCAAAGUACCCAGUUUGUUUUGUUGACAUGCUGUACCUACUGAUAUUUUCCAUCCCUUGUGAUAAGCCAUAAUGCAGGCAUCCCCAAACUCGGCCCUCCAGCUGUUUUGGGACUACAACUCCUAUCAUCCUUGGCUAACAGGACCAGUGGUCAGGGAUGAUGGGAGUUGUAGUCCCAAAACAGCUGGAGGGCCGAGUUCGGGGAUGCCUGUCAUAAUGGAUCAGAAAUUUGAAAUUGAAGGGAUUAAAAACACAUAAGUUGAAAGGCAUAACACUAUGACACUAGAACAAUUUGUCUCACUAGCCAAAUUUCAACAAUAGGAAGGAGGAAAAUGAAUAUAAGGGUAAGAAGUGUUGUUCUGAGUUUCAAUCUCAAAAUCCCAGUAAAAAAAAUGGUUGGGGGAGGGGAUGAGUUCGCAAAAUAACUUGCAGUUCAAAAAGACACAUACACAGCUUGUACUUUGGAGCAAUGUCUAUUUAACAGAGCGUGAACGCUAUUUGAUUCCACCAUGUGCAUAUUUUCUAUUUUUUUAUUUAACAAAACAUAAAACAUGUUUUAAUGAUAUCAAAUAAAUCAUGUUUCUCAAGA